AGGCCUUGAAAUCACCCCAACCUCUUAAGCACAACCUUCACGUUCGUUAAAAUCUUAGGAAAGCGGAGAUGAUAGUCAGGAGUACUAUACGAUGUUCUGCGACGCGAAGACUACCGGUCUAUCGAAUGCGACUACUGCAAGCUAAACCUCGCAGAUACUCGACUUCUGCAUCCUCAGUCACAGCUCCCCCCAGCUCUUCACCGGCGUCGAUGCUUGGAGCUUUUACGAAUGAAUUGGAUAAGAUAGCACCGAAAUUCGAAGUCCAAGGGUCACAAAUACACGUGUUGCGUACGCCGUCGGAAUUCUACGAGACGCUGAAGAGCAAGAUAUUGGGCGCCGAGAAAAGGAUCUUUCUAUCUACCUUGUACAUAGGGAAAACAGAACAUGAAUUAAUUGCUACGUUGCAACAAGCUCUCAGGGCUAAGCCAAAGUUAAAGCUUAGUAUCUUGACGGAUGCUUUGAGAGGAACGAGAGAGUCUCCGGACCCAUCAUGUGCUUCUUUGCUUGCUCCCCUUGUCUCGGAGUUUGGGGCGGAUAGAGUUGAGAUUCGAAUGUAUCAUACGCCAAAUUUGACGGGAUUGCGAAAGAAGUAUAUUCCUAAGAGGAUCAAUGAGGGAUGGGGUUUGCAACAUAUGAAGUUGUACGGGAUGGAUGACGAGAUAAUAAUCUCGGGAGCCAAUCUUUCCAGUGAUUAUUUCACAAAUCGCCAGGAUAGAUACCAUGUCUUCUCAUCCAAAGAGAUCACAGACUACUUCUCCAAACUCCACCAUGCAGUUUCAAACCUCAGCUUCUUGGUCACUCCAUCUGCCCAAGAACCAGCUGGCUUCACUCUCGAAUGGCCAACCUCAAACCUCGCCCCCUCACCACUAACAUCUCCUACCGCCUACAUAACCGCCUCAACCACCCUCCUCACGCCCCUUCUGCGCCCAACCAGCACACCGCAUUCUACCGCUGUAUCAAAUACCAACACAACAAUCUACCCCAUCUCCCAACUAACCCCCCUCCUCUCCCCCGACACAUCCACCGAACUCCCCUCCCUAACCCGCAUCCUAACCACCCUCUCUCACCCCUCCUACGCCUCCUCCUCCUGGACGUUCACCGCCGGCUACUUCAACCCAGACCCCUCUCUCACCGCCCUCCUCCUCUCCACCUCCUCCCGCACCAACACCGUGAUAACCGCUUCACCUUACGCAAACGGUUUCUACGGCUCCAAAGGCGUCUCGGGCCUCCUGCCCGCCGCGUACACAUUGCUAUCCCGACGAUUCCUCGAGCGCGUGCACGCCUCUUCUCGGGAUCAUGAUAUCGUGCUGAAAGAAUGGCGCAGAGGAACAGUAGGUGAGAAGGAAGGGUGGACGUACCACGCCAAGGGACUCUGGGUUUCGGUGAACGGAGAGGAGAACCCGAGUUUAAGUGUGGUGGGGAGUAGUAAUUAUACGAAAAGAAGCUAUGGACUGGAUUUGGAGACGGGGGUGGUGAUUGUUACGGGGGAUGAGGGGUUGAAAAACAGGUUGAGGGAGGAGAGGGAUGGGUUGCAGGAGUUUGCGGGAGUGGUUGGGAUGGAUGAUUUUUUGAAGGUGGAGAGGAGGGUUAGUUGGAGGGUUAGGGUCGCGAUGUGGAUUGUGGGCAUGGUUGGGGGGGCUUUGUAGGAUGGAUGUGUUGAUAGAGGGGGUUGGGAUGUAUUGAUAGUCUGGCGCUUGGGAGGGUAGAAGAUUGAGUUAGGAUCAUGAGUACGGAAUCUUGAGAGGCAGAGCACAUUAUCAGUCUCUCUAAUGUCUGAGACUUAAAACCACAGU